CUCGACGCCGUCUUCAAAUCCAAUUUCGACCGAAACUAAGAACUAUGUCGGCCGCCGAAGCCAGCACCUCGCGAAAGCGCAAGCGCAGCACGGAGACCAAGGACCUCGACAACCUCGCGCUCUCUCUCAAGCUCAAGAGCCUCGUCGCCGAGGCCUGCCUCUCGGAUAUGAACAAUGUCGUCAUCGAAAAGAACUUGAUUGCGAUCGCCAAGGAGCUCGCCGUCAUGCGCCGCGCCGGUCUCUUCUCGGACGCGCGCUGCCUCCGCUUCCUCUGCAUUUGCUUUGAGCGCAUUCAGAUGCUCCUCGCCAAGGUCGAGCACCACGCGCCAUUGACCGUCACGGCCGAGAGCCUCUGGGAAAGCGCCAAGUGGCAGGUCUCGGACGCGGUCCACGCCGACGUCCUUGACACGGCGGCGGUCACCACGUGCUACGAGAAUGCAGUCCGCGACGUCAAGCUGCUCUGGAAGGCCAUGGUGCUCUCGCGCGAGCAGGGCGCCAACCUCUGGCACGAACACAAGCAAGAGGAGGCCGUCCAUGUCCUCAAGACGUCGGAAGUGUACAUGCGCCGCUUCCACCUCAAGUACCAGAAGCUCAACAUUGACUAUGCGCUCCUCCACUCGACGUCGUCGCCGGCCAAGAAGGCGACAACAAAGAAGUCGGUCUCGUUUGCGGCAUCGCCGACGAUUCUCGGGACGGCCGACGCGGACGUGGACCGCAGCCCCACGAGCUGCUCCAAGCCGUCCAAGCUCGACGCGCUCCUCCUGCGCUCGUCCCGCAACUUUCCGACGCCAUCCUUUUAGUUGGUUACGAACGAUUAGAAUAAUUUAUUAGUUUUUAUUUAUUCCCAC